CACAUCACAAGCCUGUCUGUUCCAUCUCCUGACACAAUGCUCUUCUCAUCUCUCGCUGUUGUUGCGGCUGCAACCGCCGCCUUGGCCUCUCCCGUCAAGCCCAGCGGCAAGACCGUCGCUCUGCCAGUGAAGCGCGUCUCCAACGUCAAGUCUGCAAAGAGCCUUGUCCAGAAGGGCCAAGCCCGCCUCAACAAGGUCAACGGCGUCAAGGCCGUGGGCAAGCGUGACAGCUCUGGCUCAGUCACCAACGACGACGUUAGCUACAUUGCCGCGGUCACCAUUGGCGAUGGAACCUACAACCUGAUCGUUGACACUGGAUCUUCAAACACCUGGUGCGGUGCCCAGAGCUCAUGCGAGCCUUCUUCCACCGGCCAGUCCACCGGCCAGUCCGUCUCCGUCAGCUAUGGCUCUGGAUCCUUCUCCGGCACUGAGUACACCGACAACGUCAGCUUCGGCGGCUUGACCGUUCAAGGCCAGUCAGUUGGCGCUGCCGACCAGGCCUCUGGCUUCAACGGUGUUGACGGAAUCAUCGGCUUUGGCCCCGUCGACCUCACCCAGAACACCGUCUCCGGUUCCGACUCUGUCCCCACCUUCAUGGACAACCUCUACAGCCAGGGCUCCAUCUCGACCGAGGUUCUUGGUGUUUCCUUCCGCCCUGAGUCUGGCGGUGAUACCGAUGACACCAACGGCGAGCUGACCCUCGGUGGCACCGACAGCUCCAAGUACUCGGGCUCCAUCAGCUACUUCAACACUCUCCAGAGCGGCGACGCUGCUCCCUACUGGGGCAUCUCCAUCGCCAGCUUCAGCUACGGCUCAACCACUCUCGCCUCCUCUGCCACUGGCAUUGUCGACACCGGCACCACCCUCAUCUACAUCCCCACCAAGGCUUACAACAAGUUCCUGUCUGCCACUGGCGGCUCGACCGAUAGCUCCUCCGGUCUCUCUUCCUUCUCCACGAAGCCAACAUCCAACUUCAACAUCAAGUUCGGAUCAACCACCUUCAGCCUCACACCUUCUCAGUACCUGGUCCCAACCUCCCAGUACAGCGAGUUCGGCCUCAGCUCUGGCCAAUACUACUCAUUCAUCAACGACGGUGGCAGCUCUGGUGUCGACACCAUUAUCGGCCAGAAAUUCCUGGAGAACUACUACUCCGUCUUUGAUACCACAAACGCCCGCAUCGGCUUUGCCCCUGCUGUGUAAUUUGCUGUCAUGAUCUGUCAAAGGUUAUCUAGCAGAGUAAAUAUGUUGGUUUAUAGGAAUGCUAUAAGGCAUCGAAGGAUAAAAAAAGUCUAUUUUCGUACUUAUCAGGAUUAGUAUAACCAGGCAAAAUGAAUCUGCUAAAAGACAAAAAAGUAUAUAUGUGAAAAUACAAAAGAGAAAUAUUGCUCCAAUCGAUUCCAAGCUUGAUGGCUCUUCAUCAGUGAUGUGAUCACAGUAUUCUGAUUCUUAACCAAGUGUAGUAAGAGACAAUCUGUUAAACGCCAGACCC